AAUAACGUUUAAAACGUAAACUAAAUUCCAAACGCAAUUCAAGCAAUAAAUAUUUCUCUCACAAAGUUCACAAUGUGGCAACACUCUUAACAGCAGCGUGAGCGCAAUCAUUUGUUUACAAUAUUAAGUAAAAAUAAAAGAUCGAUUUCACCUACGCAUUUUUUAUUUGGAAUUUAUGGCUUCUAAUGCACAUGUUGGAAAAAUCGUGCUUGCUAUUUCAGUGUCAGUAUUUUUGUAUUAUUUCUUUUGGGUAUCAAUAUUGCCAUUUAUGCUGAUUGAUGAAGAAAAUCUGUUACAUUCGUUUUUUCCACCGCUUGAGUACGCAUUCAUUGUGCCCGCUGUUUUCGGUGUAAUCUUCCUUGGAGGCAUAGCAAUAUUUACACUUUACCAUAUGUGGACUUAUGUGAAAUCAAAAACAAUUUAAAACACUAUUCAAUUAACAGAAAAAAA